AUGCCCAAGACUGGCCUCCUGAUAAUUAUCCUGGGAGUGAUCUUCAUGAAGGGGAACCGUGCCACUGAGGAGGAAGUCUGGGAAGUGCUGAAAAUGAUGGAUAUAUAUUCUGGGAGGAAGUAUUUCAUCUUUGGAGAGCCCUGGAGGCUCAUAACCCGUGAUUUGGUAAAGGAAAAUUACCUGGAGUACUGCCAGGUGCCCAAUAACAGUCCUCCAUGCUAUGAGUUCCUGUGGGGCCCAAGAACCCAUGCUGAAGCCAGCAAGAUGAAAUUGCUGGAGUUUUUGGCUAAAAUCCAUGGGACCAACUCCAGAAGCUUCCCAUUCCAGUAUUAG